AUGAAUCUACUCGUGGCCCUCGGCACACUUGCGAUCGUUGUUCUCGUACAAUUAGCUGGUGUUGAGAGUCAGUUGAGGACUUGUUACAUCGGUCCGCCACCGGAGCCACUUCCUGGUGAACAUUGGAUGAAAGCAGCGGCUCGAGAAAUACUCCAACGAUGCCCAGGGACACGGAAUUCGACUGAAGACAGCAUUGGAACCGAAGCCAGAGUUGAGAUCAACAUUUCGUCAACACCCUCAGGUCCCCGAUAUGCUGACUGCCGCGACAUUUUGGACAGCGGGAUAAAUCGAGGUGUCGCCACUAUCUACCCAUCACAGUAUCCAAACGGCUUGACCGUUUUCUGCCAAAGCACGUGGAUAGUGAUACAGAAGCGUCAGAACGGCUUAGUGAAUUUCAACCGUAGCUGGGCUGAGUACCGAGAUGGCUUCGGUGAUAUGACGGGAGAGUUCUGGCUUGGGAACGAGAUAGUCCGCCAGCUCACAUCGGAAGGCACUUGGGAACUUCAGAUGUUCGUAAAAGAAGCCAAAUACACGAUUAAAAUAAAGUUUGGAACGUUCAAGAUCGCAGGUGACAACUUCACACUACAUGUGAAUCCACUGAAACCAUGGCAACAUCAUUCUUCAACAGGUAACUCUCUCCCUGACGUUUCCUCAGGCCAGCAGUUCUCAACUUACGAUCGCGACAAUGACGCCGAUGGCAACGCCAAUUGUGCCGCUCAGCUGAAGGGAGGCUGGUGGUUCAAGACUUGUACUGGAGGAGUCGGGAAUGUGGAUCUCGUGCCGACUAACCUGAAUGGGGAGUAUUCCUAUCCAGUCAACUACACGGGGCAAGAUUACCGCGGUGUGAGGUGGGCUGGUGCGCUUGAGUUUGGUAACCAAAUAAUAUCUUGCCACCUCGCGAUUCGUAUGACUUAAGUUUCUUGGCCUGACCGUGAGGGCUUUUCGGUUUGGUAAGAAUAAAAAGAGCUGUUUGUAAGACUAAAAGAAAAUAAAGUGAACUUGUCGAAUUAUUAAUCAAGACUUGGUAUUACACGAAAAUAUAUUUGAACAAGAUGAACUGACGAAGAAACCAGUAAACUGAGAAUCUAGAGUUUAAGCCGUCAGUGUUAUUAUACAAUUACUUUGUAUUGGCUGUCAAUUGUAAUUGUCACCUGUAAAGCGCUUACAAACCUCAGGUUUACAGCACUGUAUAUAAGCACUACAUUUUACCUCCAUCAAAGAGGUUAUGUUGUCAUCAGCGUUGGUUAGUUUGUUGUUUGAUUUGUUUGUUUGUUGGUUGGUCGGUUGGUCUGAGAACAGGAUAACUCAAAAUGUUACUGACGGUGUCAUAUGAAAAUCCGACUCCUAUGAAAAUCCGGACCCCUUUCUCCCCUUAAUUGGUUAAGCCCUCGCACGUGACAGGUCACUCUCCCAUUAUGAGCCUAAAAAUAGCAUAUUAUCGUACCCUCGCACGCGCAAUACUACCAAUGAGUCCACAUUUGAUGGAGUCGUAUAGUCACGCUACAACGGAUUUUUAUGAAUUUGUUUUUAGGAGUAGUCGUUGGUGCAAGUACAAAUCGAUUAGAUUUUGGAAGUGAUCCAUAUCUGUGUCUGGUAGAAGAUUUGGUUUAAAUGAUUCUGCACCAUUUUGUAUUUAAACUCUGUGUACAACUGACCAGCUUCGUGGGCGUGCACUGACCUUGUGACCUUGUAUCCCUUCAGCUAAUUUAACCACACAGGUCAAUGGAGUAGACCAUUUUAACAAUGGGGGAGUGGAGAGGUAGACCGACACUAGCAUAUACAUGUAGACUACAAAAUGGUUGAGUUUAGGAUCAAUUUUGUUUUAUUGAAUAGCUAACUAUAUAAAGCGGUCAACAUUGCUAUUUUUUUUGAUAAAAUCAGAAUAUGAGCAAUCAAUUGACAUUUUCAAUGUGAAAUAAAAUAUUGAAGUCCAAUGGAUAUGCCAGUAUUUCUUUCAGGUGUACUGACAAUAUGGCGGGGAAUUGUUCAGCCUUGGCGGAGCUUUGCGCUCUCUGAGUGCUUUCAAGUUGUUAUUAUUACCCGUGAUAACAAAAUCGAGAAUUUCAUGUUUUUAUUCGAGUAAAAAGUAUCUGGUCAGAUUGACAAGGAAUCCGGAUUCUAUAGGGUGUCUCAAAGAAAAGGAUGCCAAUUUAUAAAUGAUUCUUAAUUUCGGAAAGCGACAUCUACAAGAACAAAACUGCUAGAACGCCCUCUAUCGAAUAGUAUUAAUUUUAUGUCAUUGUCAUGGAUGACUGAGCAAACAUGGUUUUUACGGAAGAGAUCAAAAUAUGCACUUUAACAAGUUAGUACACAAUGGAAAAAUGGUGAUAUGGACAAUGAUUUACUGUCAAAUUUGACAUUUCCGGGUCCAAAUGACACUUCUCUGACUUACCUUCUGGGUCAUUUUGACCAGAAAACCUUGCCGAAAGUGGCAUUUUGACCCCCCAAAAAGAGUCCAUUUUGACCCUGGAAGUGUCAAUCUUAAAAA